CCCUUGGCAAGAUUUUUUCAGCCUCACCAAGUCCCCCUCUUACUCCUCCUCAUUAUCAUUGUCAUCACCACCGCCACCACCAUCGCUUUCUCUCUCUUUAUAUAUAUAUAUUUGGAAGCUCCUUUGAGCGCCUCCCAAGGUAGGCUCCUCACCCUCUUAUCUCCAUCCAAGGAAAAACUCAAGAAUUAGUGGCUUUGUGUAUUGAUCUGCACGAAAAUGGGGAGGGGGAGAUGUUAGUCUCCGUUUCCGCCUGUCUCCUGUGAAUGUGCUUGUGCAUAAAGAGGAUUCACUGAACCUUCCGCUAAUACGAGCCUCCUGUUUUGAGUAGAUCCUUUUAAAAAAAAUACUGCAACUUUGUGCUGUCCUGCAUCUCCCGUCUUCAUGAACGUGACAGUCUUUAGGUUUUGCAAAGCAGCUGCUCUGAAGAGGAAGAAAAUACCCUACAUGAUGCAGUGGCUUCUCAUUUUCUUGAUAUGCUUUUCUGCAAGAUCAGCACUGGCUGACAUCAAUGAAGAUGAAGCAAAAAAUAACAUUACCAUCUUCACAAGAAUUCUAGACAGACUUCUGGAUGGUUAUGAUAAUCGUCUAAGACCUGGACUGGGAGAUAGUACAACUGAAGUUUUUACAAACAUCUAUGUGACCAGUUUUGGACCAGUUUCAGAUACUGACAUGGAGUACACAAUAGAUGUUUUCUUCCGCCAAAAAUGGAAAGAUGAAAGGCUAAAAUUCAAGGGUCCCAUGAACAUUCUCCGACUGAAUAAUUUAAUGGCCAGCAAAAUUUGGACUCCAGAUACAUUCUUUCACAAUGGAAAGAAGUCAGUAGCUCACAAUAUGACUAUGCCAAACAAGCUACUACGAAUCCAGGAUGAUGGUACUCUUUUAUAUACUAUGAGGCUUACAGUCCAGGCUGAAUGUCCAAUGCACUUAGAAGAUUUUCCUAUGGAUGCUCAUUCGUGCCCAUUGAAAUUUGGCAGCUAUGCAUAUACAACAGCAGAAGUAACCUACAAGUGGACGUUCAAUGCAUCAAAGUCAGUAGAAGUAGCUUCAGAUGGUUCAAGGUUGAAUCAGUAUGAUCUCCUAGGCCAAACAAUUGGACAGGAAACUGCCAAAUCCAGUACAGGUGAAUACACAGUGAUGACAGCUCAUUUUCAUUUGAAGAGGAAAAUUGGUUAUUUUGUGAUUCAGACCUAUCUUCCCUGCAUCAUGACAGUCAUUCUGUCUCAGGUGUCAUUCUGGUUGAACAGAGAAUCUGUUCCUGCAAGGACAGUUUUUGGAGUAACAACAGUGCUAACAAUGACAACGCUAAGCAUCAGUGCUCGUAAUUCCUUGCCCAAAGUAGCUUAUGCCACAGCUAUGGAUUGGUUUAUUGCGGUUUGUUAUGCAUUUGUGUUUUCUGCCUUGAUAGAAUUUGCCACUGUAAAUUACUUCACAAAAAGAGGAUGGGCGUGGGAUGGAAAAAGCAUAGUCAAUGAUAAGGUGAGUGAUCAAAAACAUGUUUAAGGUUUCUUCCAAUUUGAACAAAAAUCAAUUUAGCAGCAUCUCCGUUAAUAGUUUUCCAUUACUGAAAAAUAAAGUCUUAAACCAAUAUGAAGAUAGG